AUGUCCCAAUUUAACGAAGAGACGCAGAAGGAGAUGCAGACGUUCAUUGAGCAACUGCGAGCCUCGUCCCAGUUACAGCAGAAUAUUGCAAACUUCACCAACAAGUGCUGGGACAAGUGCGUCUCUGGGACACCAUCGACCUCUUUCUCCAGUAGCGAACAAGGUUGCCUCGCCAACUGCGUGGAAAGGUUCUUGGACACAAGUGUGUUUAUCGUGAAACGGAUAGAGGAACAGAGAGCCAAUCGCGGAUUCACAUGA